UCCGGAUAUUUAAAGGUUAAGCAGGCAUUGUUAUAUUAGGCUCGGCUGCGGGUGAAUGAGGGUAAUAGCAUCGGGUGUCUGGUACCGUCAAAAGGGGCAAAGAAAGAAAGAAAGGAAGAAAGGAAGGUGGGGAGGAGAGCGAGCGCGCGCACACGUGAGAGAGAGAGAGCGCGAGCGCGCGCCACACGAGCGCCGUUUCCACAUCUGAACGCCACGCCAGUGCCUUAGCAUCUCUCUUCAAGGAAAGCAGCAGCCGAUGUGUUUUAACCCGGAUUUAUGAAACACACAUCAUCGUCAGAAGGUUAUCCGGCUAGGAUUAUUGCAUUUUGCACACAGACACAUCAUCGGCACUUGUUUAUCGAUGUGAAGAGCAGGGAUGGAAAAUCUGACUUUUAACAGACGACCGACACGAAAACACGCAAAAUAACAGAGUGCGUCGGAAAACAAAAAAAAAGGCAGCAGUGGCGCCUGUAGCUGGAACAACCGCCGCAUCAGGAGAUAUGGGACAAUGACCGGUGAUGCCAAGUUUUAAGAGGGCCAACAUGGCCAGGCGGUGCGGGCAUCUUUACCCACAAGUAUUCAUUGUGAGCGAUGCAACACCACUGAACACUUAGCAACCGGUCUCUGCAGCCUGUCUGCGCUGCAUCUCUUAAACGUUACUGCCGCAGAGGCUGAAAGUGUAAAGUGCUGACGGGACCUGCAGAUGGAGAUGGACGACUCGGGAAUUAUCCACCGCAGGAGAGUCCAAAAGGAUCUGCCUUUAUCUAGGAAAAGCAGCGGUUGCCGAACAAGUAACAGGAAGAGCCUGAUCCUGACAAGCACGUCACCCACUUUGCCUCGGCCACAUUCCCCACUGCCAGGACACAUAGGGAGCAGUCCGCUGGACAGUCCUCGCAACUUUUCACCCAGCGCUCCAGCUCAUUUCUCCUUCGCCUCUUCCAGAAGCCAUGGGCACAGAACUGACAGGGCAGACGGCCGACGCUGGUCACUGGCCUCCUUGCCUUCUUCAGGAUAUGGAACCAACACUCCGAGCUCUACUGUGUCUUCAUCCUGCUCCUCACAAGAAAAGCUUCAUCAGCUUCCCUUCCAGCCCACCAUGGAUGAGCUGCACUUCCUGUCCAAGCACUUUGGCAGCAGCGAGAGCAUCACGGAUGAUGAUGGAGGCCGAAGGUCACCUGCCGUGCGACCCCGCUCAAGAAGCCUCAGCCCUGGACGCUCACCAUCCUGCUAUGACAAUGAGAUAGUAAUGAUGAAUCAUGUGUACAAGGAGCGCUUUCCAAAGGCAACGGCACAGAUGGAAGAACGUCUGUCUGACUUCAUUUCAUCAUUCUCUCCGGAGAGUGUCCUUCCUCUGGCUGAUGGAGUCCUCAGCUUCAUCCAUCACCAGAUUGUGGAGCUCGCGAGGGACUGCCUGGACAAGUCUCGUGAGGGAGUGGUCAGCACUGUCUACUUCUUGGAGCUGCAGGAGAACCUCGAGAAACUCUUGCGAAAUGCAUUUGAGCGCUCUGAGAGCUCUGAAGUGGCCUUUGUCACUCAGCUGGUGAAGAAGUUACUCAUCAUCAUCUCCCGGCCAGCUCGAUUGCUUGAGUGUCUGGAGUUUAAUCCUGAGGAGUUCUACCACCUUCUGGAAGCAGCCGAGGACCAUGCCAAAGAGGGUCACCUUGUGAAGACAGACAUCCCACGAUAUAUCAUCAGCCAGUUGGGCCUGACACGAGACCUCCUGGAGGAAGUGGUAAAUCUUGAAAGCUAUGAUAGCGAAGGAGCCAACACCCCAGAGACAGAUGAUUCAGUCGAGGGUCAUGUCAAAGCCAAGAAGCCACCCAGUGAAAUCGACUUCCAGAACAUUAAGCUCAUCAGUAAUGGAGCAUAUGGAGCGGUGUACCUCGUGCGGCACAAGGAGACCCGGCAGCGGUUUGCCAUGAAGAAGAUCAACAAGCAGAACCUGAUUCUGAGAAACCAGAUCCAACAAGCCUUUGUGGAGCGGGACAUCCUGACAUUUGCAGAGAACCCCUUUGUGGUCAGCAUGUUCUGCUCAUUUGAGACACGCCGCCACCUCUGCAUGGUCAUGGAGUACGUGGAGGGUGGGGACUGUGCCACGCUGUUGAAGAAUAUCGGCGCUUUGCCAGUGGAAAUGGCUCGGCUCUACUUUGCAGAAACGGUCCUGGCAUUGGAAUACUUGCACAAUUAUGGAAUCGUCCACCGGGAUCUGAAACCUGACAAUCUUCUGAUCACAUCAAUGGGUCACAUUAAGCUGACGGAUUUUGGAUUAUCCAAAAUAGGACUCAUGAGCAUGACUACCAACCUGUAUGAGGGGCACAUUGAGAAGGAUGCCAGGGAAUUUUUAGACAAGCAGGUCUGUGGCACCCCAGAAUACAUUGCUCCUGAAGUUAUCCUGCGUCAGGGAUAUGGCAAACCAGUGGACUGGUGGGCGAUGGGCAUUAUCCUGUAUGAGUUCCUGGUGGGCUGCGUGCCCUUUUUUGGGGAUACCCCUGAGGAACUUUUUGGACAGGUCAUCAGCGAUGAAAUUGCCUGGCCAGACGGGGACGAAGCCCUCCCGUCAGAUGCCCAGAACCUCAUUUCUGCACUGCUCCAGACUGACCCAUUACUCCGGCUAGGAACAGGAGGGGCUUUUGAAGUCAAGCAACAUGCCUUCUUUAAGGAACUCGACUGGAACAGCCUGCUGCGGCAGAAAGCCGAGUUCAUUCCACAUUUGGAGUCUGAAGAGGACACCAGCUAUUUUGACACUCGCUCGGAGCGCUACCAUCACAUCAACUCGUACGACGAAGAUGACACCAAUGAUGACGAGCCUGUGGAGAUCCGGCAGUUUUCUUCCUGCUCUCCCAGAUUCAGCAAGGUUUACAGCAGUAUGGAGCAUCUCUCUCAACAAGAACAGAAGCCCACCACGGUGACCAGGCGUGAACACAAAAAUCAAAAAGAGGACAAGGUGACCAAGAGGGAGAGUCUGGGCAGCUUUGGAAUGAGAGACAAGGGCUGGAGGACCAGCUCUCCAGAGAUGAAGCGUCUGUCUGCCUCAGAGUCAUCAUACACUGAGAGUGAUACCAGCCCACCGCUAGCUGCCCGUCGACGCUUCUCCGCUCUUAUGGACACGCACCGCUUUGCAUCACCCCUGGAGGGAGAAACUGAGCCUCGCAACAAGCAAACCCUGAGUAAGCCCUCACAGGACGGAGGGCCUUUAGCUGCUGGAACUCAGUCUGAAACAAAAGAUUCUAAAGAUACCAACGAGGCGGCCAUCACCCCUAUAAGCGACAAAUCUCCAAAGGCAAGCAACCUCCCUGGAGUGCAAAAAGAGUCUGUGGGCACUGAUCCUCUUGCUCCCCGUGCCACCAGUGACUUGGUAUUACGACGAGUGAGACAGCAGCAGCUAUCUGGGGAAGCCACAGAUAAACGCACCUCACGAGCUGGAAACAAAGUCAUUAAAUCUGCCUCAGCCACAGCCUUAUCGGUCAUCAUCCCCACAGUUGAGCAGCAUGGUGGAUCUCCACUGGCUAGUCCCAUGUCUCCACGUUCUCUCUCAUCCAAUCCAUCCUCAAGGGACUCGUCACCAAGCCGAGACUACUCUCCAGCUGUCACUAGUCUGCGCUCUCCCAUAACCAUUCACCGUUCAGGGAAGAAAUACGGGUUCACUCUGCGAGCGAUCCGUGUCUACAUCGGCGAUAGCGAUGUGUAUAGCGUCCACCAUAUCGUUUGGCAUGUUGAAGAAGGUGGUCCGGCCCAGGAGGCAGGGCUCUGCGCCGGUGACCUUAUAACACAUGUUAAUGGAGAGUCUGUGCAUGGGCUGGUGCAUACAGAAGUAGUGGAACUCAUUCUGAAGAGCGGCAACAAGGUGACAUUGACUACAACACCUUUUGAAAACACCUCGAUUAAGAUUGGCCCAGCACGGAAAUCAAGUUACAAGUCAAAGAUGGCAAGGCGCAACAAGAAGACGGUGGUGAAAGACAGCCAGGAAAGCUCCAAGAAGCGCAGUUCUUUGUUCAGGAAGAUCACCAAGCAGUCGAACCUCUUGCACACAAGCCGCAGCCUGUCGUCGCUGAACCGUUCUUUAUCCUCCAGUGACAGCCUACCUGGGUCACCGACACACAGUCUGUCUGCAAGGUCCCCAACGCAGAGCUACCGCUCCACGCCGGACUCGGCUUACCUUGGGGCAUCCUCGCAGAGCAGCUCUCCAGCUUCCAGCACUCCCAACUCCCCUGCAACAUCCCACCACAUUCGACCCAGUAGUCUACAUGGGCUGUCGCCAAAACUGCACAGACAGUACCGCUCUGCGCGCUGCAAGUCUGCUGGAAAUAUUCCCCUCUCACCUCUGGCGCACACACCCUCACCAACCCAGUCUUCUCCUCCACCUUUGCCGGGACACACCAUUGGGAGUUCAAACACCACCCAGUCUUUCCCUGCAAAGCUGCAUUCUUCUCCUCCUGUAGUCAGACCCCGACCAAAAAGUGCAGAGCCUCCAAGAUCUCCUCUGCUGAAGCGGGUACAGUCAGCCGAGAAGCUGGGUACACCUUUAUCAUCCGACAAAAAGGUGGUGAUGAGGAAGCACAGUUUGGAGGUCUCCCACUCAGAAUAUCGCAAAGAGUCUUUCCACUCGGAGCUUGGCCUUCAGAGUUUGCUGGAAUCGGAAGGAGAAAAUGUGCCUCCUCCCUCUUCUCCUUGUGAGACAGGGAAUCUCAAGCAAGUGGCUGUGAGGAAGAUAGGCCGGCAGGAGUCUCCCCUAAGCCGGGAUGCUUUGUUAAUUGGAAGGACCCCGGAAAAGUCAACCGAAGGGGUGGCGUUAGAAAAACUGGAAGAAGUGGGCUCUCCAUCUUCUGCAACAAGUUCUGGAAUGUCAACAACUAAAAAAUCGGAACCCAGCCUAAAAUCAACCAAAGAAGAUGACUUUAGGCAGCCUUCACCAUCCAAAGAAACUUGUACUAAGUCAGUUGAAGUCACAAAAUCACCAAACCAGGACCCGUUCAAAAGUAAUGGCAAUGUAGCAGACAGGCUCGCGGCAGGACAAGGGGAUCAGUGCUUAAGUAAGCCUCCAGGAAUUUUACCAAUACAAAGUAAGGCAUCGCCACCUACAAGCGCUAUUGCCCCAAGCCCAAUACAGGAAUCACAGGCUACUUCAUCAGUGCAUGCUUCAGGAACAUUAAAUUUAGGAACAGUAAACAGGGGUGUAAAAACUCCAGAAAAGGCACCCCAGGAGGACAUCAGGAAGAUGGACCCUUUCGACAAGAAGCACAGAGGUAUUCAGACAGAUACCACUUUCAAUGGUACCAGAAAUCAGGACAGACCUGAAAGUGGUCAGCCAGAGCAGGAAACCAAAAAAGCACCCACAAAAAUCUCAGACUCUGUUAAAGACAGUCUACCUAGGGACACAAGUGUAGAAGGAACCUCAAAACCAAAUAGGUCUGAAAUGCCUGCAGUAAUAGCAUCCAUGAACAAAUGUACUCCCAGACAAGAGAAGCAAGAAAAAACAGUGGAAGUGCCCACUAGUUGUAGCAUUCAGGUCAAGCAGCAGGCAAAACUUAGCCCAGCAGAGGCUGACCGUGGUGGAGUUACAGAUGAGGUUAAGGGGACUGAAAUAACUAUGGAACCCCCACCUGCAAACUGUUACAAAGCUUUAGAAAAAGAAGGCAAAUGGCUUUUAGAAGUAAUGGAAGAGCACACCACCAGUGUCUCCCCAUCAGGCAAGUCCAGGCCCUCUUCCUUCAGUGACAAGUCCAGCUUUGUUACCCAGCUGACAACCGUGGCCAAAAACGUGCUGACUCCCAUGAAGAUGAGUGUCCCAGGAGUGGAAGUACUGAAGGGGAAAUCAGCAGAGGACAAAAGAGGGAGCACAGUGGGGAAAGUUGAGACGGGAGCUGGUAGCAGGCCGGCAAGUUUAACAGCAAUGCAAGGUUUGGCAGUUGCCCCCCAGGCUGAUAAAACAGAAAUUUCUCCAAGACAUUAAUGAUGGCACUUGCUCCUAUGGGGGGAGGAAGGAGGAUCAGAAACUUGCAAACAAAAUGCCUUGUAUAGACUGAAGAAAAAGAAAUCCAGGUCUGUGUCAACAAGUCAGAGGGAGAACGUGAGAGAUAACCAAGUGUGCAAAGAUGAAUUGUGUAUAGGUGCUUCUCUAGCUGUUUCCAAUCACAAGUAUAUAUAUAUAUAUAUAUAUAUAUAUAUACUGUAUCUCCAAGAAGCUGACAUUGUCACUGAUGAUGAUCUCUGCGUGGUUGCAUGUUCUCUGCAGUAUACAAUGUCAGGAGGAAAAGGAAGCAGUUUACUUACAAAUGCAAAAUACUGUGAAUUCAAAAGCCGAAAUGGUGUUAAAAUCAGUUUUGCUCGGAUGCAAAAAAAAAAAAAAAAAACUAGGGAUUUUUCUAUGCUCUUGCAUUGGCCUACCAAUUUCAAAUGGAAUCCAUUAUUCAAUAAAUACCCGCACUCCUGUCUGCAGUAUGCCAUUUUGCAGCAGGACGUCUGUGCAUGGCAAACCAAAUUAACAUUGAUAUUUUCAAAAUGUAUCUGAGAGGUUAUAAAAUGCAGUUUAGAUUGUUUACAUUUCUUUUGCAAAAGAACAUCCCACCACUUUUAACAUUUCAUGCUCGUCACUUUGAGUACACUCAGUAAUGUUUUCAUGUGAAUUUAAUCUAUGCAUCUUAUUGAAACAAGAUCAUAGGAAUGUCUUGGAAUGCAAGAAUCGAAUCCUAGUCCAGUACCGGUGACACAUAUCCACACUUGCAUCUGCUACUACAGAGUUGUUCACUAAUAGUAACCCAGUUCAUUACCAGUAGCUCAUAAAACUCACAAAAACAGCAGGCCAAUUCAGAGUCUCCGACUGAGCUGAUAUACUACUGUAUAUGUGCCCCUUUGAUGCAGGAGGACCCCAGACCACCCACAAUAAAACCCACAGAAGUACAAAGAGAACACACAAACUCCACACAAUGACCAGGUUCCUAAAGACGCGAGGCAGUAGCACCAUCUUUAUUACAUUUCAGGAUAACUCAAACAUGUUUUCAAAUAUAUCAGCAUUCUAUGCAGAUGAUCAUUUAUGGUAAUUCAAAUGCAUCAUCAGACACAGUAUCUCAACAUCCUAUGCAGUUCGUGAAAAUCUGAACUCUUUUUCUGAUACAUCUCUGCAUCCCACUUAUAGUUCAUGAUGGAUCAGAUCUACUAUUAAAUAUCCUAACAUCCUAUGAAGUUCAUGAUGACUUGAAUAUGCUAAGAGUCCAUGAUCAAUCAAACUUUUUAUUAGAAAUUUCAACUGAAAUGUAUUGUCAGAUAACUGAAAAGAUUAUGUGGUUCAUGACAGCUCACAAUACAUUUUUCUGAUAUCUCAAAGAAUCAUCCUAUGCUAUUCAUAAUUAAUCAAGUAUAUUUUUAGACAUCUUAGUGUACAGCACAGUUGAUGAUAAACACACAGUGCAUUAUCAGGUAUCUCAGCACCUCAUGUAGUAAUGAGAACAUGAACACAUUUACAGAUAUGUCUCUUCAUUCCACCUAAUUCAUCAUAAAUCAGAUUCAUUUUUAGACACCCCAACAUCUUAUGCAGUUUAUGAUGAACUGAAUACAUUGAUAACUCUUUAUUAGAAAUCCCAACAAUUUUCACGGUUCAUGGGAACUGAAAUGCAUUAAAGCCAAUGUAGUUCAUGAUUGCUCAAAGUACAUUUUCUGAAACCUCAAAGAAUCAUCCUAUGCAGUUCAUAAGAAAUCAAAUAUUUUUUUAAACAUCUCAGCAUCCUGCAUGAUUCAUGAUAACUGAAAUGCAUUGUCAGAUAUCUCGACAUCUUUUGUAGUUCAUGAUGACUUAAAUAUAUUUUUAGACAUCUCAGCAUACUGCAUAGUUCACGAGAAUUUUAUUAUUAGACAUACCAGAACCUCACACAGCUCAUAACAACUCACAAUGCAUUUUGGAUAUCUCAAAGGACCACCCUAUGCAAUUCAUGGUAGAUCAAAUAUAUUUUCGUACAUCUCAACAUCCUAAACAAUUCAUGUUACUCAAAACACAUUUUUAGUCAUCUCAAAACAGCAUCCUAUUCAAUUUAAUGAUAGCUCAAAUAUAUUAUCAGAUAUUCAUUUAUUGCAUUGCUUUUUUUCUAUUCAGGGUUAUUGGAGCUGAAGUCUACCCAGGCAGCACUGGGUACAAUGGAGGAACCUACCCUGAGUGGAACACCAGUCCAUUGCACUUACACUAACUCAUGUACAGUCAGUUUAGUGAAAAACUAAUCCCAACAUGCAUGCCACUGACAGGAAAAGCAGAGCACCCAGUCAAGAACCCAAGCAGGCAAUUGGAAAACACGAAGACACCAACCACACUGGGUCCAGGAUUCAAACCCAGUCUACUCAAACGGCAAGACAGCAUUGCCAGCCACAUUGGCAGAUAUCCGAAAUAAAUAUCCUAAGCUUUGGACAUUUUCAGAUAUCACAGCAUCCUACAUAGUUCAUGAUAAAUCAAAUACAUUUUCACAUGUCUCAAAUUAUCAUCCUACACAUUUCACAAUGGCUCAGAACCAUUUCUAGAUGAAUUCAUUAUACAAACCAUUUGUGGAUAACUUAAACACAUUUUUCAGUUCUUCAACUGACAUUCUAUGCAUUUCAUGCUAACUGAAGAACAACAUUUUCACAUAUUUCCAAUUAGUAUCCUAUGCACUUUAUGAUAGCUCUAAUGAAUUUCAAGAUAUCUCCGAUUUUAAGAUGCCUGUCAACAAUUUUGUGAAAGUACUAUUUUGUUCAAUAUAACUUGUCUGUUUUAUCAUAUUCCAAAAGUAUAUCAUUUACACCAUGAUUUGUUAAUAUCAUGAAAUAUGUAUCUUAAAAUAAAUUUCUGUAUCUACAGACGUGUAUGGUGCUUGAACUUUGGCAAAUAUCCUUAUGGCCAAAGAGAGGAGCAACACUAUCCACUUGUCUGAUCUUUUAAGGGAUAAAGGCAAAUGAGCCAUGGUGGACUUACCAUCGUUGCAAGAGUUCAGGUGAUAUGUCCUUCUUCUCGAUUGUGGGCAUACACAGAUACUGCGAGGUGCACAAUACCUGAAAAUGGGAAAGAAUAUAUUUUAAGAUAUUAGGCAAUGGUUGUGAUAUUUCUGUUGAGAUGACCCUUACACAAAGUGAGCAGGCUAUGCCGCAUGCGGUGGAAAGGCACACAGAGAGAAAAUACACAUCUAAAUCCCUCAGCGAUUCCAGGAUUUAAGGAUGUCACAUAAAACCCCCACCCAAAACCUCCCAGCACACUUCUUAUACAUGCAGGGGUCACUGUCCAAUAUAAAUCAUGGACUAUUGGUCUGGUGCUCAAAUCUAAGUGGAGAAGUGUCAUUGAAGUGUCGGUUGAAUUAAAUUCAACAGAGUGGAAGUGCGGCCCAAAAUAUCUGUGACAUAUCUCACGUAAUGCUUACUCAAGGACAUUCAGGCCCAUUCAAAGAUGUUUGUUGCCUGUGCGAAAAGAAUGAAUUGCAUUUUUCAUUCCAACAGAUGGCACAUACAACUGACACUAUAACAGAAUAAAGGAAUUUGUAAAUAGGAAAAAAAAUAGAGAAAAAAAAAAGAUGAUGGUGGAAGUGUUUAUCUCAUUGGCACCCACUGAUUGUCACACAGAGGGUAGUAGCUGAAGGUCUGGCCACCAGAGUCUCAAAUUCAGCUUCUGGAAGGCUAAUGUGCCCUCUUCAUAAGCUGUUAACAGAAUUGGGUAUUUAUUUACAUGAUGAUUUAUUCCUGCUCUCAUUUUGCUACAUUAAUGAUAGCAGAUCCAAAAAGUGGUUAAUGGACUUGAAUGAGAUUGUUCUCAUUCUUUUUUAUUUCCUAUAUUUUUCUAUUUAGAUUUUUCUUCGUUAAAAUGAUGGUGUCAGCUUGUCUGUUGCUUGAAUUAUACAGCAUUUACUGUAGGAUUCUCAGUGACAGUGCUAAUGCAGUGCAAACAGAGAUUAAGAGGACACAUGAUUGAAGUGUUUUAUAUUACGAACGGAAUUAAGAGUAGAUCCCAAUUGAUAGUUUAAAAUAAAUUCUGCAACAAGAACACAGAAACAUAGCCGGAGCCUUAUGAAGGGAGGAUUUCACACAGAUGUUAGAAAGUUUAACUUCACACAAAGAACCACAGACACUUGGAAUAAAUUACUAAGUAGUGUGGUGGAAAGCAGGACUUUAGGGACUUACAAAUCUCGAAUGGAUGUUGUUUUAGACAAUUUAGGAAGAGCUGGUUGGGCUGAAUGGCCUGUUCUUAUCACAUUUUGUUUUUACAAUACUGUAAAAGAAAACACAAUGCAUUGCAUGUGUAUCACACAUCACACACUGAAUAGGCCCAACUGAGUGUAAGUGCUAGAAGGACAGAAAGUGACUAAUAAAGCAUCACAUUCAUUGCCUACAAUCAAUCAUACAGGAUAAGUGAGGCGCACCCCUAGAGUGCUCGACUUGCCUGUGUAAUUCAACUUAAUAUAUGACAUUUCUUUGGUCCUUGCCCAAGAUCUACAUGGUGGUCGUCACAGUGCCCACCCUCUAUACAGGCCACCCAUUAGUAUACUGUAAACUUCAUUUUAAGGUGUCUCAUAAUCACUGUCUACUUUACAUCUCAUUUAAAACACAGGGCAUUUACACAGGAAGUGCUUCCGAGAUGCCUAUAAAUGUUAAUUUGGUUUGCCAUUUGGUGGGUUCUGGCCAGAGAUUAUGCGUUCAGAAUUUAUACAUGUGUAGUUUGCUGGCGUGACGCCACUUUUUGUUCAUUUUCAGCCAGCUGGGCUGCUGCAUUUGAGAGUCAAACCCAGGGCAAUAUGACCUUUGGUUUUUGUUUUAGUCUGCUGGCUUCCAUCCUUUUCAUUAGAUCUCAUCUUUUGGUCAGGAUUUGUUUUUUUCCCCUCUCAUUGUAUCACUCACUAGGGUCCUGGCCCCCCAGGACAGAUAUAUCAAGUAGUGAGGGUCUUGUAUUUAAGCAUGCUCAGCACUCAGUCUUUUUUUUUUUUCUUUUUGGAGGUCAACGAUCUAGACAAAGCUACAUCUAAAUCCAAAAAUCACCAGACUGAAUUUCACAGGAUCCCUUUGUUCAAAGACUCAGGACAAUGUGCCAGAUGGCUCUUGGAUCAAAUACGAGAUGUGCCAACCAAAUAGUACCAGUCAGCCAGGUGUGAUCCUCUGCCCCGCCUCUACCCGUCUUUUCCAUGGGAGGAGUGAUAGACAUGAGUGGAAGGGGCUCAAUGCUGCUUGCUUCUAACGGCCCUCGAGAAGAAUCCCUGCGCCUGUUUUCUGGGGCCCCGUUAGCCAUACAUCUUACGCUAAGAACACCCUCUCUUUCCUGCUGCCAUGCCGAAAUCCCUGAGUAGCUCCCAGCAACGGCUAUUUGAAAGACUUUUUGGACAGUUGCAUGGUGGGGGAGGGCUGAAACGUAAGUGCCUGUGAAAAUUGUUCUUAUAUGGGGAGGGAACAAAUAUUUAAUAUGAGAAAAUUUGCUUUGCAUUGCUGCCUGGUCCUGUGAAGAAAAGAGGUUACUGAAAUUGCUCUUUAGACACUAAGGAUAUUUGAAAAAGCCAAGGAAACUGUAAUAUCUGUAUAAAGUUGAUGUAAAAAUUGUUAUACAGUUUUCAGGUUAUAUAGCACCUUUGCUGGAAUCAUCUCAAGAAACAAGGCAGCUUUGCCUAAUUGCUGAAACGUAUACUUUUUUUUUUUUUUUUUAAACAUGCAUUUAAGUAGACCUAACAGGGCUGAGGAAUUCACUUUAAUAAAUUAGAGAUGGCCAGCCAUCUGCUGCAGGAGGAAAGUGCAAAGGGAGUGAGGAGACAGCAACCCAGUGUUCAUUCAGGCUGGUGGCCAGUCAGAGGUGAUCAUGAGGCCUAGGCAGUUGGCCGAUGGUUCAUCUCUAAAGUGAUUCUGGUUUGAACUGUGUGUGGUUUCUUUGUCUAGUUCUCAUAAGUGCUCCAUCUCUACUUAAUAUAAUAUGCAAACCCAACAAAACAUUCCUAGUUUUGGACGCUUAAACAUGUGUAGGCCGCUAUGAUAGGGAGAAAAGGUAAUAUACUAAAAACAAUAACAAUUCCAUGGAUGUUUAAUAUCUAAAUUUUGUGACAGGGCACAUUUGUGCCAAGGUAGCACAGAACAAAGUGCCAAAUGCAAAAUGUAUCAAAACUGAAGGAUGUAUUAAUUAAAGUAAGACUGAGGUGGGAAGUCAAAGGGUGUGAGCAGAAAGUAAUAAAUAAAUAAAAAAAGGGCAAAACAAACCCAGAUCUCCCACUGAGGCUGUCAAAUUCAGGUUCUUUUUCAUGUCUAUUCACGUACCUACUACUAAACUCCUCUAACAAGCUGCCAUCCUCACCUCCCAUUAUCUUUGCCCUUAUCAAUAAAUCAUUGACCACAUUGCCUCCAAGUCAUGUGAGUCUCUGCCCUAGUUCAAAUCAUCAGACCUCAUUCCAUGGCCCUGAACUCCCAAUGCUACUUAAAAGGACAGACUCUGCCUUCCAGAGUUCCUUACCUGUACCAACUGGGAACACUUUUGCUGCCACUGUUGGCCUGGAGUAUUUCCAGUGGACUACUGCAAGUCCCUCAAUGUCUCUGUCCCUCUCUUUAUAGCACACUGAAAAUUAUCUUCAUCCUGGGGACCCUCAGCAUUGUAAACAGUUACAAUAUCUCCCCCAAUAGCCUUGUUGCCUCACGCUUGCAUUCAGAAGGGCUCUUAUGUUGAGGGCUAGGGUUGCAGUCACUAUUAAUGGCCACUUUUAUGUGCCUCAUCCUUUCUGUGCACUUUUUGCAAAUGGUUUCCAGCAGUGCCUGAAGUGGACAAGCACAAGUGAUGGCACCUUGUGUUUAAUUAAGACGGAUGUAUUCACUUGAAGAGAGGGAGUGCUGAGCCCCAUGACACACUGACAUUCGACAGAAUUUUGCGCACCACAACGCAAAUCAGAUUUCUUUGAAGGGGCAGGGAGUUUUAAAGGGCCUUGAUGAGGUGGUUGGGGUUUGUUGGGGCUACACUUUAAAACACUGCCUGUGCCCACCAAACAGUGCUGGUACACAACAACUAAAUAUUAAGAAGUUCUAGUCCAUGCCAGUUUGUACCAGCCCCACUUCAACCCCUGAUUUCAACGUGAUGCCAUUUUAAAGAAACUAGGUAAAUAGGACUGGGUGAGCUUAUUGAGUUGUGUGGACUAUUUGCAUCAAAAACUGUUCUAAUUUCAAUAUAUUAAUUUUAAUUUACACUUGCUUGGCAUGUAUAUGAAUUAAGAGUUGUUCUUCUGUGUCAGCAUUUACACUAAAGGGAAGACCAAUUAAGAACAACUUUAACUAAGCUCAUAGAGUAAACAUCUAGCCUUGGAAGAAGUCUGUACAAAAUCCAGUUCUGGAACUGGAGAAUCAUGAAAUUACUUUUCUCUUUGCCUGCCACUAAACUAGCAUUGCACCCAACUCUCACCCAUUGUCUUGCAGGUGGUGAGCCAACACGAUGGCUCCACAUCGCUGUUAUGUGGGUUUCCUUGCUUCUGGGACUGGGUCCCGGUAAUCCUAUCCCAGGCAGAGCACACCGUUUUUUAUUUUUGUUUGUACCAUCGUGAGGGUUGUUGUGAAUCAUUCUUUGUCUGACCUUUCAGCCCAAACCCGUUUGCCAAGGGAGACACUACCAGAAGCACAAAGUUCCAGAUAACCUGGAUCUGUGCAUCCCUGAGGUGCACAAGCCCCACCACCAUGUCAAGGUGACAGUCAGUCAAGGGUGGGGUGGUGGUCUCGAGGAGGGGCUUAGCAGUUGAUCUUCACCUAUGGUUAUGAUCUGUGGGUAAUGACCAGAAGAAUGAGAUUGUGAGUACAAGCGGCAGAAAUGAAGUUUCUUUGCAGGGUGGCUGGGCUGACACUCUGAGGUGGUCUGGGCAUGUCAUAAGGAUGGCUCCCCCUAGAGCUUCCUCGGGCACAUCCCACUGGGUGGAGACCUUGUGACAGACCCAGGACAUAUUGGAGGAAUCUCUGGGAAUUCCCCAGGAAGGGCUGGGAACAGUAAAGUCUAGGCUGACCUGCUCGGUCUGCUGCCAUCAUAACCCUCACCAGAAAAAGCAGCUUCAGAAAAUUAGAUGAGACUUUUCUCAUUGAUGAGAUCAAAUGUGGAAUUCAAGUCUAGAACCCACCUUGCAUUGCCUGUUUAAGGUCCCACCCAGUUUCAAAAAUGAAAAAUGAAAACUAAGCAUUCAUCCAUGUCAUUCAAUCCAUACUCCAGAUACUAUAUCAAUGUAUCAGCCCAGUGGGCUAAAGUCACCUUUACAAAGUGGUUUAGGUAGCAAUUUAUGUUAGCUAGAAAAAGUUUGGGGCUUUUUAAAUAAUAAAGCAACUAUACACUGUGAUUUGAUUAAAGGGUUUAAGUAUUUUGUAGUAG